AUGCGGUAUCAAGUUGUUACACUUGCUCAGGAAAAGCUUUUGAAAAUACCAAAGGGACGGGGGAUAGAUCUGGAAGAACAUCCGGAAGUAAAAGAAAAGAAAUCUGGUAUAAUAUAUUUUCAAACCAUACCACCCCUGUUUACUGUUGCUCGUAUGAGGGAAGAGAUGUUAAAAUAUGGGGAUGUUGGCAGGAUUUACUUGCAGGCAGAAAAACGUCGUGAUUUGCAUGGGAAGCGAAGGAAACGUUAUGUAGAAGGAUGGGUAGAAUUUAAGAACAAGAGCCUUGCUAAAAGAGUAGUCGCAUCGUUGAAUAAUACUCCCGUCGGUGGUAAGCGUCGUAGUGCUGCACGAGAAACUUUGUGGACUAUGAAAUAUCUGAGCGGGUUCAAGUGGACUCAUUUGAUUCAACAACUUAAUUAUGAGAAGAAAGUUGAAGAACAGAGAAUGAGAGCUGAAAUCUCACAAGCAAAACGACAAGCUGAUUUCUUUGCUGAACAAGUGGAGAAGGGUGAACAGCUCAAGAAAUUAGAAGAAAAGGUUGGCUUUGAAAGUGUUAUGGAUAACAGGUCUGUAAUUUGGUUAUUUCACGGGUGUUCUACCACCUGUUUACUUAAAGGGGUAAUGAAAAAGGGAGGAGUUUGGGAAAAGUAUCAAAGACAAGUACAGCAGAGAAAGGCCAUCAAAGGGAAACAAAAAACUGCCAAAAACACCGCUGCGGCAGAUGAUCAGUUGUUACGUAUGAUCUUUGUUGAUUAG